UGGCGGAAACUUCAAACAGAAUCCCACCACUGGAUGUGUCAGUUACACCCAAAUGCCUCUGGAGGGUCGGUGUCAUAAAUAAAAACUCAUUUUCUUUGGAUCAAAACGUUGAAAAUACAGCAAGAAAACAGGUUCUGAAAUGUAACACUCCAAGUUAUCCUUCACCUAUUGAUAGAAUCCAAUGUGGUAAGCACAAGCGUGCAGAAGCUCUAGGAUGGACUGGCUGGAGAAAAUCUUCUUUUGAAGGAAACCAAAGUUUUCCUCGUUCCUCGCGGUUGAAGCUGCGUAGAGACGAGGUUGAUCCAGAUACCCCACCGCCGCAAAUGACUAUGGAAAAAAUUCGGGGAGAUGGGUUAAAUACAUGCAGCUUCUCUUCUGGUCGCACUCGAGGUUCAUUUUCAACAAAUUAUUUCACGGAUCUUGGAAGCAUGAAACCAAUCCAGUCAUCCAAUGAUCUCGGCUCUAACAUCAGAUCUUUGCAAGGGGCCAGUGAUUCUGCUUGGUCCUUCAGCAGUAGCUUUGUCAGUGCUGUUGGUGGAGCUAGCAGUUGUUUCCCAACAGCAGCCAUGAACCCCAACAAAGCUAUUUUUACCAUUGACAAGAAGUCAUCCAAGAUCCUCGUGGUUAAUGGUAUGGCAUGCAGUCUGCUGGGUUUCACACCAGAGGAGCUGUGUCAAAUGAAGCUGCACCAGCUACUGAGUGGCCAGCACAAGACACAGCUCACUGCCCUGUCUGAAGAGCAACUUGAUACCAAGGAAGGAAACAUGGUUGUUCUCAGUGGAAAAGUGGUGGAAAUGAUAACAAAGGAUGAGAAAAUUGUGCCCGUCUCACUUUGGCUGCGGAAGUUAGAGACAGAAGGGAGGUGUCUAGCAGUAGCUGAGCCUGUGCAGCGAAGAGUGGCUCAGCUUGUUAUGGACCGAGCUGGAUGCAUCAUAUCAGCUGAUUCCGAGACAGCUGUCAUUUUCCAGUAUGAAGAAGAUGAUUUGGAAGAAGCAGACAUAGCUGUCUUAAUACCUGCCAUCAAACUGCCUAUCAGUGAAGAUGCUCUAACUAAGGAUGUAAAGAAGCAGAAGGCCACUGGUCGGACAAGGGAUGGAGCUACCUUCCCCCUGUGCUUGAGAAUAGAUGAGCAGACAUCAGAAGAUAAGAGCAUGGAUAAUGUUAAUGAUGUCCUAUACUCAGUUGUGAUUUGGGUAUUUGCCAAUAUGAGUGGUCUUAUAGUCAUUACUGAUGAAGGUUCGAUUGAAAGCUGCAAUCACCACUUCACACACAUGAUGUUUGGUUAUCCGCAGUCUGAAUUAUUGGGACAGAAAAUUACUACCAUUAUACCGAACUUCUGCGAGGACUUGGAAUACCUGGGCGAUACUACUGUCACUGUCGCUCAGUUUGAUUUAAACAAGACAGAUGAUGAUAAUGACAACAGUAAUUAUGAUUCUGCCUUGGAGAACACAGAACAAGAUGAAUCUAGGAAUAGUAGAAAGGAAACCGGAACUAUUGAGCUGGAAAGGUCAAGCAAGAUGGUGGAAAGUUUGGGAAUGGAAUUGUUGACUGAUGGAGAACAUACUGAUGUUGUUAAUGCAAACAAUUCAUUAGCAUCAGUCAGUGAAAUUGUGACUUCAAUGAACAGAUUGAAUAUUGGAUAUUUCAAGGACAGCACCAGAUGCUUCAGCAUUAAUUUGUCUUCAUACAAUUGUGAUGCAUCAGUGAAGCAGUGCUCCAUCUUCAGUUCAUCGUAUCUUGGGGAAGAGGAUUCACCUUCUCAACAUAACGGCCACAGCAUUGCAAAAACUUUACCUCCUAUGACACUAAAUAUUGUGGCUGGUAAUUCAGUAAUGGAUAUAGAAAAUGGCAGCGAGAAUGGAGAAUUAACACCAAUUGUGUCACCACGAAAUGACUUUGUUGAUUAUGAUGAUAAUUUUGAAACUGCUUCAGAUGGUGAAGAUGAAGAUGAUGGCGAUGAUGACGACAGUAUAGAAGUUAUUAAGGAAGACCAAGAUGAUGUUUCUGUUAAUCAACAGAACAGUAAUAAGCCAGAAAGUAUAAAAGUACCUUUAAACUCAUUUUCUGGAGAAAAUUUGAAGGACUCUAGAAAAGGAAUUGAUGUGGUUGUUGAAGUGGUUGAAGUUGUCCAUGAUAAAUCAGAUGCAGAUUUUUCUGACAAAGAAAACGAAUUAAAAAGACACUGUGAAGGAAAUGUAAAAGAAAGAAGUUCUGAAGCUGAUGUUAAAUAUUAUGAAUGGAAAGAAGCAGAAUCUUUAGGCAUUAUUAAAUUUGAUGGUCCAGACGAAUUGAGUAUAAUUUCAGAUUCAGCUGACCCUGUUAAUGAAGAUAAUUUGGAUCACACAGGUGAAGUCAUGCUUGUGACCUCUACUCCUGCAGCUGGGAAGCGAAUGACAAGGAAAAGAGUUUCAAGGGAUUUGGAUGAUAAAAGUGAAGCAGGGACACUGAAGAAAUUUGUGGAUGGAAGUUAUGUUGGAUUUGGAAAACAUCGUGAUGGCUCCAACUUAGAUAUUGUGUAUAGAGUACGUGGUGUGGUGCUGUCUUGUGGAAGAUGUGUGUACUGUGUGUGGGUGUCAAGAGAUCCAGAAGAGAUGGGGGAAGGCGGUCGGUACUGUGGUGGAAACCUUACACUAACAUCCAGUUUCAACAGCACUGUAGAUAACUCACUGGGACAGGCAAUUCGCUCGUGUGCUCAGAGCAAUGUGAUUCCACAGCAGCCAAGCACUCGACCAGGAUCUGUGUCAGUAUUAAGUCAAUGCGAUGAUGAUCAGACCUGUGGAAACUAUGGAGAACAUUACACAACUCUUCAGCAGAUAGGCAAAGGGGCAUUUGGGUAUGUGAAGAUGGCAUUCCGUAAUGAAGAUGGAUUAUUGGUGAUAACAAAGUUCAUUCAGAAGCAGAAAGUUCAUCAGCAGUCAUGGGUUGAUGAUCCAACACUAGGAAGAAAAGUUCCACUUGAAAUUAGUCUUUUGACCACCCUAAAACACCCCAAUAUUGUUCAAGUGCUGGAUGUCUUUGAGAAUGCUAAGUUCUUUCAACUUGUGAUGGAAAAACAUGGUGCAGGCAUGGAUCUGUUUGAAUUUAUUGAUAGAAAACCUUAUCUGGAUGAGGCACUCAAUAGUUAUAUCUUUAGACAGAUUGUCUCUGCAGUAGACUACCUUCAUUCCUUGCAGAUUCUUCAUCGAGAUAUCAAGGAUGAAAAUGUGAUCAUUAAUGAGAGAUUUCAUGCAAAGCUAAUAGACUUUGGUUCAGCCACUUUCAUGAGCGAAGGCCGGCUGUUCUCUACAUUUUACGGCACAGUAGAAUAUUGCAGUCCAGAAGUGCUAGCAGGAAAUAAGUAUGAAGGUCCAGAGUUGGAGAUGUGGUCACUAGGAGUUACACUUUAUGUGAUGACAUUUGGAGAGAACCCAUUCUUUGAUAUUGAAGAGAUUAUGAGGGCUGAACUGCAUCCUCCAUGCAAGGUGUCAGACGAACUGAUGGAGCUGCUACACUGGAUGCUAAAGAAGGACUCACAUGAGCGUUGUAAGGUUCAGCAGCUGGUUGGGCAUCACUGGGUCAACCAGGAAGUGGAUAUGAGUAGCUAUUGCUUCCACGAUGUGGUAUCUUGCCAUCCUCAGGAAGCACGUCCGCCUGUUUACUAUGCUGAGUACAGAUGUGAUUCCGCUAAUGAUUCACUAUCAAACCGUUUUCCAAUCACGGAAUCAUCUUCUGCAGUUCUGUCAAACAAUGAUGAAGAUUCCAAUGCUGAUGAUCGGACUGUUGGCAGUUCCAACUCUCUUGGCAGUCUCACAACUGUUGAAAAUUUUGAGACUGCAGAAGAUGAGCAUGGUCAGCAUCAAACACAUGAAACAAAACAAGUGAAAAUGGAGUAUUCUGCUAUUAGUGGACAUGGCUCAGUCUCUUCAGCAGCAAAAGUGUCCCUUGCCAAGAUGAUGCACCAUCAGGAGGAAGAGCAACUGGUACAUUGUACAAAGCAGCUGCAUGCGACUAUGGAUGAUGCAGCUAGUGCUGCUUCAGCUGAGGCCACAAAUUCUUACUUGCCUGCUGAUGAACUGUUCGAAGAAGACGUGUGGGAUCCAGAGUACUAUGAUGAGCAAGACAGCUUCUCAUGAGAUCAAGUGUAGCUUGUUAUGGUAACAACACUGGUUUAACCUAAGAAAAUAAUUCUUGUAGCAGUUCCUUGUUAUUUAAUUAAUUGUUGAAGAAGGGAAGAAAUGUUAUCCUAUAUUUUAAGACCUUUUUGUCUGUAUGAUGACCAGAUAUAUUAAGAAUAUGUACAUAGCUGUCAAGGGUUUGGAAGAUUCUCUCUUUUCUUCUGGAUAACUUGAAUUUAGUAUUUCUUAGUCUGUAGUAUAUCAUGAGGAGGAAUUGUAUGUUAUCUGCUGUGUUUCUUUGAGACUUUUCCAGUAAUUUAUUAUUUUUAAACUAAAGUUAUUAUGCUAAAGAGUAGAAGUUGGUUACUUUUUUUUCGAUAUUGUCAGUUAUAAUUUGCCUCAGUUUUCAAACUCUGUUUUCUCAAAUAUUUGGCCUUUGCUUGUUACAUGAUAAAUGUCUAUCAGGUAAUUAUCUCUCUCCCUGAAGAAUGAGAGACACAUUUUUCAAUCCUUCUCACGGAGUUGCAACCCGUCACUUCAUACAUGAAGGUUUUGUGGUGUUUAUUACAAAGGAUAAGAUUUGCAAUUGAAGGGUGCAGCACCAAAAAUGGGAUGUCUCUAAUUGUGGCUGAAAUUUAGUUUUACUUUGGUUCAUAUAUGUGAGAUUGCCCAGAUGGUGUAGCUCUAUGGGUAGUUAACGGU